ACAGGAGUCUUUAAACUCUUAUCGAUUCGGUGAUGUUUCCCAGCGUAUCAAUCAUGGCCAUGAUUAUUAAAUACUAGGUAUCAAUCAUGGCCAUGAUUAUUAAAUACUAGAUUUACCCCUAACUCGAUUAAAAAUUACAUCCUUGUCACCAAUCAAACCAAUUUUCUGUUGACCUUUCUCCCUCUCUCUCUGUAGAAAUGGAUGUCCAGUGGAUACUGGUCUGCCAUGGAUGUUUAACUCUACUAGUAAUUGUUUCUUUCUUAUGCGGCCAAUGGCCAAUUUUUCAAAACACUUUCAUUGAAAAAAUUCAUUACUUCCUCACUGUUGGUGCCUAUGAUUAUUUCCUGAGAUUUAUGUUAUAUGUAUUUGGUUCUAAAGGCAGAAAUGCAAUUCUGUCUGUCGAAUAUUUUUGUUGUGAUCGACCUAAUCCAACCUUACAGGCAUUCUAUUUAGCUAUAAUUGCAGGAAUAUAUUAUAUCAUUGCAGUGUCGUCCUUUGACUAUAUUCCUGGCUAUUAUCUAUCCGAAUAUCACAGGUACACAAGCUUCUUGGCAGUUGGUGUUGGUGUUGUACUCUUUCUAUUGACUAGCUUUUCUGAUCCAGGAACUGUGAAUGCUGACAAUGUUACUCAAUACCUCUCCUCCUACCCUUAUGACAAUAUCAUAUUUACAGAAAAAGUGUGCACGACUUGCAAGAUUCCAAAGCCUGCUAGAUCCAAGCACUGUAGCAUAUGUGAUCGCUGUGUUGCUAGAUUUGACCACCACUGCGGAUGGAUGAAUAACUGCAUAGGGGAAAAGAAUACUCGUUAUUUCAUGGCUUUCCUACUCUGGCAUUUCCUUCUAUGCGUGUAUGGAACAAUUGCCAUCGCUUUGAUACUUGCUGGUCAAUUGAAGGAGUUUAAGGUUAUACACAUCCUAACAGUUUAUUAUGGCUUUGAAAAUUCAUUCUAUAGCCUAGCUCCCCAUGUUGUACAGUGGGUGUUGGGCGCAUAUAACACACAAAUACUUCUGAUGGUCUUCUUAGCUGUCGUCUCUUUACUACUUGCUGGGUUCUCUGGGUACCAUACCCAUCUCUGUCUUACAAACACCACCACAAAUGAGACAUUCAAGUGGAAAGACUACAUCAGCUUAAAGAUGAAAAUAAAUGAAGCAAAGGUGAGCGCUGCAGCUCUAAAAGCUAGUAUCAGUGGGAUGACAGGAGAGACAAAACCACCAGAAAGCAAAUGGAAGGCCUUUUCCCGUAAGUCUCCAUUAGAAGAUGUAGAGGUCAUUGUUAAAGAUAAUAUUUACGAUAAAGGAUUCUUUAGUAAUCUUAAUGAGAUAGUAUUUCCAUUGUCAACAAGACGAUCAUUUUUGGCCAGCAAGUCUGACUGACAAUAUAUCCUAUUAACGCUUUCGCGAAUUUCCCCAUACCCUCUGAUUCUGUGCAUAUACAAUAUUUAGUAAACAGUCACCUUAUUUUUCUUCGGUUAGAUACUUGAUUGUAGUUUCAAUUAGGGUGAAUUUGCCUUGUAACUUGUCAUAUUGCUGUCUACCUUUAGUUAUUGAGCUCUUCAGUAUUCUUCAAUUAGGGUCCAUAGGAAAGGUAUCCUGAACUCAAUUUAUUUUUCAUGUUCCGAUUGUUGUUCUCCAACAAUAUCAGCUUUUAUUCGUGAUAAAUUGUUAUUACAAGCAUUUUGUUGACUUUUUAUU